AUGCAUAUUCGAAUAAAUCUUGAGCGUCCAUGGAAACUCGGCGGUCGGCGACGAAUUGCAUUCCAUCGCGCUUAUUUUUCGCAUUCCUUGAAAGAAUCGCCUCGGGAUAUGUCGAUUAUCUUCAAAGGCGGAUUGCCGUCGGAAUGCGCUUGUCCGAUUUGCGAGCAGGCGCUUCGCGAGCCGAUCAAACUUAAUUGCGAUCAUCACAUGUGCAAAAUUUGCUAUGAAUCGCCGGAAAGAUCUCAAAAUUGCCCGAUAUGCCAGACAAUCAUUCAGCCAGAGCUCUGCCAGUAUGAUAAGGAGCAGCAUAAACAGAUUCAAUUGCUUCCUGUCGUCUGCUCGUUUGAACCAUAUGGAUGCCAAUGGCAAGGAAUGCUAAAGGAUUUGCAGGAACACCUUGGAAGUUGUGAAUUUAAAGCGCAAAAGUGUCCGAAUUGCCAGCGAGCGUUUAGCGCGCAAAAGUUGCCGAUUCACAUGGAGAAAUGCACUGAUCAGAGGACGACGUGCAGUUUUUGCUCGAAAAUUGUGCGCAUUUCGGAUUUGGAACGUCAUGUCAAAUCGUGCCCGCUCGUGAUCAUCAGUUGCCCAUUUCAAUGCGGUUUGACGGAUCGGACGCGUCAGGAGAUCGAAGAGCAUCGGCCGAAUUGCCCGAACGUUGAGAACGUGUGCCCGUUUGUUCCCUAUGGUUGCACGUUUGCCGGCGAUCGAGCAGCGAUUCAGAAACAUUUGAGCGACGAGCCGGUUCGACAUUUGAUGCUCCUUUGCGACGAGAUCACCGACUUGAAGACGACCUACGGUAUCAUGGAGAAGGACAUGGAGAACUUCAACGAACGACAACAUCGGAUUCUCGAGAAGGCCGAAACUUGCAACGAGAUGUUCGGCCCCCAAUUGGUCUGGAAAAUCGACAAUAUUCAGCAGAGGACGAAUGAGGCGAAGUCCGGCGCGUGCACGACAAUCUUUUCGGAGCCAUUCAUGUCGCAUCGUCAUGGAUACAAAAUGAUGGCAUGCGCGUGUCUCUUCGGCGACGGAACAAGUACUGGCAAAGCGUUGUCGUUGUACGUGUUAAUCCUCCGCGGUGAAUACGACGCCACACUCGAAUGGCCGUUCAGUCGAAUCGUGAAGAUCACACUAUUGGAUCAGAAUCCGAAUCCGGAAGAGCGUGUCGACAUUACCUAUGUGAUCGACCCGCGAAAAUUGCGAGCCAAUGGGCAAUUCUUGGCGAGACCCAAAGGCGAUCGAAACGCCGCGUUCGGAUCGCAAUCGUUUUGCUCGUUGUCGAUUCUUCAAAGCUUCAUCAAAGACGACUCGAUUUAUGUGAAGGUUGAUGUCGAUCGUUGCCCGACCACCGAAGCGGUGUUGGCGGUUCGUGAAACCCAGAAGAUGAAGACGAUGGAGCAGCUUCGAAAUGAGGAAACACCAAUUGAGAUUGUUCGCGCGACGUCGGUUUCUCUCAGCGAAGUGUGA